AUUCAUAUUUCUCACUAAGUCUUUGUGGUGGGAAUACUAAAAUCUAAUACACAGCAUCAUUCUUGUUGGCAAUUCCUACCCAAAAUAGCACUAUUUUUUUUUAAAAGAGAACAAGAAGACAGAGGAUAUGGAUUGCAAGAGCAAAACCCUCCUCCCCUAGUGACUCCAUAUAGCAGAGCAGCUGAGGACCAUAAAUAGAAGAUCUUCACUCCCAGACACCAGUUUCUCUGUGAAGAUCAGACUAUUUUGGAAUGGGGGUUACCUGGGUGAUACUUGUGUUGGCCAGUCUGGCCAUGGGGCAGAACAUUUGGGCUUUCUACCUGGAAGAUAAUAGGAGUGUCCCAUUGUUCUCACCCCUCAGCAGAGCUGUAGACCUGUAUAACACAGAGCAAGGCAAUGAAUGGGCGUUUAAUCUCCUCGAUAUCAUCCCCAGUUCCAGUAGGCCUCAUUCAAGAAAUCCACGGGUUGUCCAUUUUACCAUCAAAGAAACCUACUGUGAGGGAUCAGUAAGAAAAAGACUGCGGAAAUGUUCCUUUAAAGAUGGAGGGUUGGUGAAAAUCUGCUCAUUAACUGUCUUCGAAGAUCAAAACAUUGUUACUGUCCCAGUGUGUGAUGAUGUUCCUGAGCAGUUGCAGCAAUUCAAUUCUGAAAGCUCAAAAGAAGAAAGUGGCAGCAGGCAGAUGAUAAAAGAUGCCAAGAACAGGCGCAAGAGGCCCGGAUCAUACUCAUUUAUAGGGCGAAUAAACAGAGAAUAAACAGAGAAUAAAUAGGAACUGAGAAUAUAGAGAAAAUGGUCCCUAAAUGCCAUAGGGUGGCCACAUGCCUGCGAAUGCUGUUAAUAUUCAAUGUUGUUAAUUCACUGCUUUGUAAUUCAUUUCCUCUAAUGGCCAAUAAUGAGAGUUUUUGCACCGUAUGCUUUAUAUAAAGUUAGAUUUGCAAAAAGCAGCCUUGUUAUUUAAAGGUGACAUCCUUCUUGUUUCCUUAAAGUUGGCCAAACAGAGGCCAGUAUCUUAGAGAUCCCUGUAUGCGGCUGAAUCCACUUGCUCUGUGGCUCCGGUCACCUUUGGUUGCCCAAUGCCCUGCGUACAUUCUAUAGGUGGUCAUCAGGGCACCAGAAUCUCAAGGAACCGAGACACAGUGGAAUCCCAAAUGUGUUGAGCCAAGACUAGUACAGUUGCCCAGCUUUACCCCUACAGAGCUGAUAUUUUGGAUUCAAACCAAAUGUUUACCUCUAGAGACAAAACAUAAAUGGUGCCAGCUUGCCAAUUUAGCCCCAGGAACAAACAGCUUCAAUGGUCCAGAAACAAAACAAAUCAGCGUGGGUGAAUGAAAUAAACAGUCCAAGCUUCACAUUCACUCACAAACCCACUGAUCGUAGUGGUAAAACAAAUGACCCCGGUGCUUUCUUAUUUUGUGAAUUUUAGCCGAGUUCAGAAAACCAUGUAUACUUUGAGCUUAAUAAAUAUGUUAAAAUAU